UUUGACCAUCUGUUGUAUCUUUUUCCAGCAAAAAUGCCCAAGAACUACGAUGCCAGUGUUACCCCUGACCCUGAGCGGUGGCUGCCUCGUAGAGAACGUUCCUAUUACCGUGGGAAACGUAAAGACAAAAAUAAAAACAUCAGUAAAGGCACACAGGGAGCCACAAGCCCCGCCGGUGACAUCGAUGCGAGCAAGCAAACAUCAGGGAGUGAGGCAAGCUCACCGCGGCCCGCAGCUAAUGUGACCAAGCCAUCACCUCAGCCGGCCAACCGGCAUCAACAGCAACAACAUUCGUCCAGCGGACGCAGCGGCAACAAUAAGAAGAAGAAGAAAGGGAAACGAUAAACGCGAGACACUCUUCUCCCACCUCCCACCCUCCACCUCUUUGCCACUUCUCUCCUUCUCCUCCCUCCCGUCCCUCCCAUCUCUCUCUUUCUCUCUCUCUCUCUAUGUCUCUCCUCUGUCUGUCUGUCUCUC